ACCCAACGCCUGGUGUGCUCCACUGCUCGCGUCUUGCCAGUGCUCGCGUCUCGCCCCGCCUCCGUCCCUCCUCGCCUCUCUUCCGUGGUUUUUGCUGCCUGAACUGCUGCUUGACAUCCACCUUCUGUGAACAACAGUACGGAGCUUUAUUUGAAGGAAGAAAGAGGAGGGUGCAAGUGCCACAAGUUCGGAUAAUAGGACCCCCUUUGCCAAAAUAAAGGUCUUUGUGGAAGGUUCUCGAAUGGGCAGAGAUGGGUUGGGCCAGAAAGUUGGUGGGUGACGCCGAUUUCCUUGACUCUACUCCCUUCGCGAAGCUAUUGGACUCGUGCGUUCGAUCAAAGUUCGUUAGUGACGUGCGUCGCAUUCAUGCUCGAAUUACUAAGUCGCAGUUUUCGUCGGAGAUCUUCAUUCUGAACAGGCUCAUAGAUGCUUAUGGAAAAUGCGGUUGUUUGGAGGACGCGCGCAAAGUGUUUGACCAUAUGCCCCAGAGGAACACUUUCAGUUGGAAUGCAAUUUUAAGCGCGUUGGCGAAGCCCGGUUGUCUUGAUGAGGCUUUGAACAUGUUUAACUCAAUGCCGCAACCUGACCAGUGCUCGUGGAAUGCUAUGGUGUCAGGUUUUUCCCAACACGGUUGCUUCCAGGAAGCUUUGAGAUUCUUUGUUGGCAUGCACCGUGAGAAUUUUGUGCUUAAUGAGUACUCAUUUGGGAGUGCGCUAAGUGCUUGUGCAGGGUUAACUGACUUGAAUUUGGGGAUUCAAAUCCACGCUUUGAUGUCAAAGAAUCAUUACUCAUCAGAUGUUUAUAUGGAUUCUGCUCUUGUUGAUAUGUACUCUAAGUGUGGGGUUGUGGCCUCUGCUCAGAGAGCUUUUGAUGGCAUGAGCACAAGGAACAUUGUUUCUUGGAACAGCUUGAUUACAUGCUAUGAGCAAAAUGGUCCUGUUGAAAAAGCUCUAGAGGUUUUUGUAAGAAUGAUGAAUAGUGGGAUUGAACCUGAUGAAGUUACUCUAGCCAGUGUAGUAAGUGCUUGUGCAAGCUUGUCAGCAAUUAGGGAAGGAUUGCAAAUUCAUGCUCGUGUUAUGAAACAGGACAAAUUCCGGAGUGAUCUUGUGUUAAACAAUGCAUUGGUUGAUAUGUAUGCAAAGUGCAAGAAAGUGAAUGAAGCUAGAACGGUGUUUGAUAGGAUGCCAUUUAGGGAUGUGGUGUCUGAAACCUCUAUGGUUAGUGGAUAUGCAAGGGUGGCAAGCGUGAAAGCGGCGAGGCUGAUGUUUUCUACCAUGAUGGAGAGGAAUGUGGUGUCCUGGAAUGCCCUUAUAGCGGGUUAUACACAAAAUGGAGAGAAUGAGGAGGCUGUUAAACUUUUUCUCCUCCUCAAGAGGGAAUCCAUUUGGCCAACUCAUUACACCUUUGGGAACCUGCUCAAUGCAUGUGCAAAUCUUUCUGAUCUGAAGCUUGGCAGACAGGCUCAUACUCACAUUUUGAAGCACGGAUUUUGGUUCAAGUCCGUAGAUGAAUCUGAUAUUUUUGUCGGAAAUUCUCUCAUUGACAUGUACAUGAAAUGUGGAUUGGUUGAAGAAGGAUGCCUAGUUUUUGAACAUAUGAAGGAAAGGGAUAAUGUUUCAUGGAAUGCGAUGAUAGUCGGAUAUGCACAAAAUGGUUAUGGUAUAGAGGCCCUUGAAAUUUUCAAGAAAAUGCUGGUAUCAGGAGAAAAACCAGAUCAUGUAACUAUGAUUGGGGUUCUAUCUGCAUGUAGCCAUGCAGGACUUGUUGAAGAAGGACGUCAUUACUUCCAUUCAAUGAGGAUUGAGUUUGGUUUAGCACCAUCAAAGGACCAUUAUACAUGCAUGGUUGACUUGCUCGGUCGGGCUGGUUGCCUUGAUGAAGCGAUAAAAUUGAUAGAAGAAAUGCCAAUGCAGCCUGAUUCUGUUGUCUGGGGAUCUUUACUUGGGGCCUGCAAGGUUCAUCGAAACAUUUCAUUAGGAAAAUAUGUGGCGGGAAAGCUCAUAGAAAUCGAUCCCUUGAACUCUGGACCUUAUGUUUUACUUUCAAAUAUAUGUGCUGAACUUGGUAGAUGGAAAGAUGUGGUGAGGAUCAGGAAACAGAUGAGGCAACGGGGAGUGAUUAAGCAACCUGGUUGCAGUUGGAUCGAAAUUCAGAGUUGCAUGAAUGUUUUCAUGGUGAAAGAUAAACGUCACCCUCGAAGGAAGGACAUCUAUUUAGUUCUGAAAAUUCUUACAAAACAGAUGAAGCAAGAUGGCUACGUGCCAGAAGUUGAUGAAGAGAUGUGUGAGGAAGAAAGUGAUUCUGAACUUAACUUGCAUUGUGAAAUGGAAAUGCCAGUAGAGGCUGCACUUGGAUAGAGUAUGAAAUUUCUUAUGGCAAAUGCUUUCUGGCAUCCUUCACUUCGGACAUUAAACCUUUUCUCUUUCUUGAAAUCAGGGUAUUGGCCAGAAACUCAGGAUCAGGAUCCUCCAAAACUUUUUUCAAAGCCAAGUUGAAUGUACAGCUAUUAAGCUAAAGCUGUAGGGCCUUAACCAUAAUUUUUAGUUCGUUGGUACUAUUUGAUUCCCCAUCCAUCAUAGAGAACUCCUAUUAUUCCUUGAUUUUGAUCAUGUUAUGUUUGCUUGCCAGAACAAUGAGCAAAAGAAAGUUUUGAAGGGCCUUUACAGAAUGGACACAUCCUUUGUACGUGACUACAUGUAUAUCAUUUGGCACUUUGCCAUUACCCUUCAGGUAUUUUAGAACUACGAUAAAAAAUAUUUUCUCAGUUUCUUACUUUCUCUGAAUAUAGAGUUGUAAAUCAGACUUACUGAACAAGCAUGGUAAAAAGCUCUUCAGUUGUAGAAUCAUCCUAUUUUUGCUAUUUGUAAGAACAAUGCUAUUUAACUAGAGAAUCGGACAAUUUUUAUUUUAUAAAAGAAAUUACCAGGGAAGAAGGAAUCUAGAUGAUGAAGAGAACGACGGGGGUUUGAAUUGAUUAAGUAAUCAUCAAAAACAUAAAGCUAAUACAACUCUGGCACUGACCAGACAUAUAUACAUAUUUUAUAAAUAGCUGUUUGAAGAGAAAUCCAUGUGAAUGAGUGAGUGGUGGUUAUUAUCUGCAAGAGUAUUAUUCUUUUUCUCAUUGUGUGGGUGGUGGUUCUGCAAGUAUUGCCACCUCUUUCAUUUUCACUCCUAGUGAACGAAUUAAGCAGCAGAUGCAAGUUGGGUGUCAUUAUCGCAGCCGUUGGGAUGCUUUGGUUGGAAUAUUCAGAAAUGCUGGUUUUCCAUCCAUUUAUGCAGGUUGGGGAGCUAUACUGUGGCAAAAUGUUCCACAUUCAAUUAUCCAAGUUAUAGUUUUAUAGAUAUGAAAGGUUGAAAAAAGUGAUGCCAUCUUUGUCAUCUAUUAUUCAACCUAACGCAUUUCAGACUUUAAUCUGUGGAGGAUUAGCUGGAUCUACUGCUGCUUUGUUCACAACUCCUUUUGAUGUGAUCAAAACAAGACUACAGACAUAGAAAUAAAACCAGAGUUGGUGGUGCUUGAACGGAGAUAGAUUACUGGAGAAAAGGUUAAUGGUGCAUCAACUGUAUAUUUUAAUACAUGCAGUAUGCGGUGGCUUGGCUUGGUGGACCCGAAGGUGCACAAAUAUAGUACGAGGAAAAUUUUGUAUUCAUGUAUUCAAUUAAGUGUGUGUUUGAAUUAAAGUUUGCAAACAGAAAUUUGUAUAAAAUUGAUUUUAAUCAAAAGUGAGUUGAUAUUAAA